CUUCGGCACGCCACGCGUUACACCUGCUAGCGAGCGAGCGAGCGAGCUUGGUUUCGUUCCAGUCACGCGUGCGACUAACCACCCUGCCGAGAUGGCCACUCUUCAGGUUGACAACGACGGGUCGCGCGGCCGUUCGCCGUCCGCUGCCAGGUCUGGCGAGCGCCGUCGAGGAGAAUCCCCGUCCUUGCUAGACGCCGUGCGCAUGCCCUCUCCCCCUCCCGGAUUCAGCUAUGAUGACGAGCCUCCCCGCCGCUCCGCCUACGAUCACGACGGCUCGCGCAGUUCGUACCGCGCUAGGACGCCCACCAACGAGCCCAGCUAUUACCAUGCCAGUCGCGAGUCUCUCGGGUCCGACGAUUCGCGCUAUCCAAAGCGCGCCGGGGAGUCGCGCACGUCCAAGGGCGACAAGGACGUGGUUGGUGCCGUCCAGGAGACACUGCAGCGAGGUGCCGACGCCUUGUUGCCGGCGAAAUAUGUGAAUAGGCUGCUCGAAACCGACAGCGAGCGAGACAGGAGAAAAGAAGAGAAGAAGAAAAAGUUGGAAGAGGACCUAGCAUAUGGAAGCGCUCACUCUCGGCCUGAACCGCAACGGCCCGGUUCGCGCGACAGGGCCACUUAUGUCGCGUCCGGCCGGUACGAGGACGGCAGACCCUCUUCGCGCCCCGGCUCGUACUAUGGGCGCCCGGGGAGCCCAGACGGACGCCCCCGCGAUUCUUACGGGGCUAGCGUUAGGGUCGUCGAGCCGAGACCGAGUAGUCGCGGCAGUCGCGGAGAGCGCUCGCCUUCGAGGCGGAUGUCGAGGUUGACCGUCAACACGGGGCAUCACGCGGCCUCGCUGUCGGUAUCGAGCAUCCCGGCCUCGCCCCUCUUGGAGUCAUAUUACGGGACAUACCAGGCCAUGUCGCCGCUUCUCCUUGCCGUGAAUGAUCCUAAAAACUCGGACCUGGUCGAGCCACUCUCGCCCGGUCUCUCCGACGGCGAGGGCGGCGGCGACAAGAAGCGGCGCCGUGCUCGUUUCCACGACCCCGUCGACGAUGCGGCGCGCCUCGCGAAAGCGCUCAAAGGGGACCGCUCACUUCCCGACAUAGACCCCCUGGUGGAGAUCUUGCCGGGAAUGACGCACGACCAACUCAUGGACUUGCGCAUCGAAUAUAAACGCCUCGUCAAAACUGGGCCCGAACGCAAGGGCGUCAACGUCGCUAAGCACAUUCGCGCUCGCCUCAAGGACGAGGAGCCCACCCUCAUGAAGGCCUGCUAUACCGUCGCGCUCGGAAAGUGGGAGUCUGAGGCUUACUGGGCCAACUUCUGGUACCAUGGCGAUAAGACACGCCGCGAGUUGCUGAUCGAAAGUCUGAUGGGCCGCUCAAACUACGAGAUCGCCCAGAUCAAGAACGCCUUCGCCGACAAGAAGUACCAAGACUCCCUCACGCUGUGCAUGAAGACCGAGUUGAAAGAAGAUAAGUUCAAGCGUGCCGUGCUCACGGUGCUGGACCUCAAGCGAAUGGAGGACGUCGACGAGUACGGACGCGUAAUCCCCGUGGAUCGUAGGUUGGUACAGGACGACGUCGAGGCGCUCUACAAAGCCAUCCAGAGCGACAGGGGGGGCGAGUCCGCCAUGAUCGAUAUCGUGAUCUCCCGCAGCGACCAUCACCUGAGAGAUGUCCUCAAGCUUUACGAGAGGACGUUUGGCAGUAACUUUGCCCGGGACGCGCUCAAGAAGAGUGGAAACCUCGUGGGCGAGGUGCUGGCUCAUGUCCUGAACGGGGUAAUCAAUAAGCCAGUGCGCGACGCCCUCCUGCUCCGCCACGCCCUCACCGCUUCUAAGAAGGACCACCUCCGCCGCGAGCUCCUGAUAUCCCGCCUCGUCCGCUUCCACUGGGACGGGCACCACAUGGGCGCCAUUAAGAGAGCAUACCGCGAGCGCUACAACGAGGAACUCGCCGACGCGGUGAGGGACGGUACUAGCGGCGCGUGGGGCCAUUUCUGCGAGCAGCUGGUAGUCACGCGUAUGCCCGACGACGUCAAGAGCUUCGAAAAGGUGGCCGCCGUGAAGGACAUCAAGCGAGACCGGGAGCGGGAGGAAAGGCUCAAGGAGAGAGAGCGCGAGCUAGAUCGCGAGAAAGAGGACCGCGAGCGAGAGGAAAGGCGCAGGCGAAGCGAGAAGGAGAGGGAUCGGGGGAGAAGCGAGGGCCUGCUCGUGAUCAACGACGUUAAAAAUAGAAACGGGAGCCGCAGCCGAGAGCGGAGCAGGAGGCGAGAGUAGACGCGCCGAGUAUGAGGCUGACGACGUAUUAUGAAGGCGACGAUGCAUGAUGAAAUCUACUUUGGAUUGCAACGAAAAGAAAAAAAAAAGGAAAGGCAAGAAAAUUUAGGCAGGCACAUACACCCGCGCUCGCAGGAUUUAUGGUAACAUACAAACUCGUGAUAUGUAGCCGAUGUGGGCUGACCGAAGUUGCACAACUGGAAGGGGAGGGAGAUGAGAAACGGAUGCGAGAGAAGGUCGUCGGGGUUCACAUUAACCCCCUUCUAUAUAGGUAUAAAUACAUAACAGUCUGUCGAAAUAUAAAUACCCCAUCUACAACCGAGACAUCGCGGCUCCGUGGGAGGCGCGCAGGCAGGCAAGGAGGACUUGUCCGCGCAUCGGUGUCUAGCGCGGGGCAUUUGGACCCUUACGACGAUGGCACCCCCCCUCCUCCUCCCCCUUCUUUGUUUUAUCCCAGGCCGGUCUCACGCGUGGGCGUAGGGGGGAUGAGAUAGAGGCGCAGAAUGCGACCAACCACGGCCCCGCCACCCACCCUCUCCUCUCUUUCUCUCCCUCUCGCCCGCCCCCGAUA